UGAUUUUAAUGGAUAAUUACAAUUCUGUCUAUGAAUUUAAUUUUUUAAAAAAGUUACAAUCAAAGUUAUAAAAUUUUGUCUAAUGUUGAUUUGUAGUGAAUUUUAUAAUUGUUAGAAAAUUUGAAUCAGAAAAGUAAAAAUCUACGAAUUUUCUUGAGAUCGUAACGCCAUAAUCUAACGUCACAAUGAGUUGCACUGCGCAGUUUGCCAAGUGUUUUCUAUGCUUAUUCAAUUUCGUUUUUUUCAUUGCUGGAGGAGCAGCCUUGACUGUUGGAAUAUGGCUAGUUGUCGACAGCAGUACAUUUACGAAUCUUGUAAGCAAAGUUGAUGAGCUAGAUGUGUUGACUAAAACAGAUCCUGACGUAAUAAAAACUAUCUCUUACAUUUUAAUUGUCACUGGAGCACUUACAUUCAUCGUCAGUUUUAUGGGAUAUUGUGGGGCUAUGUUCGAGUCUAGAUGCUUGCUUUGUGUUUAUGGUAUUCUCAUCCUAGCAAUUCUAAUCUUGGAAUGCACUGUAGUAGGUUUAGCAUUUGGUUUAAAUAAUGAAACAGAACAAGGUGUAAGAGAGCUGCUGAAGUCAACAAUAAAAUAUUACGCAACACACGAGGAUAAGACCGAAGCUGUAACAUUAGCGUGGGAUGCAGUAAUGAACCAGAUGACAUGCUGUGGAGUUGAUAAUUAUAUGGACUUCCAGCUAAGCUCCAAUUGGUCGACUGCAGAGAAAUCGAUACCCGAGGCAUGCUGCUAUAAAGUUAAUAAAAUUCUUAAGGAUCCGUAUUGCACAACAAGACCAUCAUUGUCGAAUUCAUAUUAUAUGCAGGGAUGUUAUAAUGCGCUGGUGAAUGCGAUAAAGGAAAACGCAGCGAUUGUUAUUGGCGUUGCAGUAACUCUGGCAUUUGUUGAAAUCCUUGUGAUUGUCUUGGCAUUAUAUUUGGCAUGCUGUUACUGGCGACCACAACACGUAUUAACUUGUUGGUGUUGCUGCUGACGGCGGACUAAAAUCAUGGACCAAUUCUGCCAUGGGUUCAGAGUUCAUCCAUCCAAUUCAUAGAAGACUUGCCUUGCAUUGUUUGGAAUACAAUGAAAAAAUAAUACAAAAAAUAUGUAAACUUUAUACAUUUUGAUAAAAAUAUUUUGCUUAUAAUAAU